UCUCCAUGGCAACCGCUUGAGUGAUGAUGGUCUUAAAUACUUGGUCAAUGCAUUGCAAGCUCACCCAAAGAUUUCAUCCCUGGAUGUUGGCGACUGUGACCUGACCGAUGAUGGUUUACAACAAAUAUGUAUCUUGCUACCUCCUGAGGAAGGAAAAACAUGCUUGCACACUUUAACCUUAACUGGAAACAACAACAUCACACAAAUGGGAUGGUCAUACCUAGCAAUCGCAAUUGCUGCCAGUUCGCGAUUACGUAACCUUUACCUAGACUAUAACAAAAUUGGAAAUUAUGGGACAGGGGUGCUGGCUGUUGCCAUGGCAGCAAGUGCAACAUUAGAGAAAGUUGACUUUGAAGGGUGUGGCAUUACAGAGUCCGGGGCAGAGCUACUGUUUGAUGUGGUUGCUAACUAUCCAACAUCAUUAAAGGACAUUAAUUUGGCUGAUAACGAUGUUAGCGAGGAGUUGCAGGAACAAAUUAAGCAGUGUUUAAUUGAUGAUGAUAUUGAGGAUGAAGAUGAUGAUAGUCAGGCAGCAUAG